CCGCGGGAGCCCCCCGAACCCCCCUACGAUCGCAAGCGCCGGCACCAGGAGGACUCCGGCUCCGAGCCCAGCGACUACGAGGAGCAGAAGGAGGAGGAAGAAGCCCGGAAAGUCAAAAGCGGCAUCCGCCAGCUUCGCCUCUUCAGCGCCGAGGAGUGCGCCAAGAUCGAAGCUCGGAUCGAGGACGUGGUGUCCCGGGCGGAGAAGGGGCUCUACAAGGAGCACACGGUGGAUCGGGCGCCGCUGCGGAACAAGUAUUUUUUCGGGGAGGGCUAUACCUACGGGUCUCAGCUGCAGAGACGAGGCCCCGGCCAGGAGCGCCUGUACCCGCGGGGGGAGGUGGACGCCAUCCCCGAGUGGGUGCACGACCUGGUGAUCAGGAAGCUGGUGGAGCACCGGGUGAUUCCCGAGGGCUUUGUGAACAGUGCCGUCAUCAACGACUACCAGCCGGGGGGCUGCAUUGUCUCCCACGUGGACCCCAUCCAUAUCUUCGAGAGGCCCAUCGUCUCCGUCUCCUUCUUCAGCGACUCGGCGCUCUGCUUCGGGUGUAAAUUCCAGUUCAAACCCAUCAGGGUCUCGGAGCCCGUUCUCUUCCUGCCCGUGAAGAGGGGAAGCGUCACGGUGCUCAGUGGAUAUGCAGCCGAUGAAAUUACACACUGUAUUCGACCACAGGACAUCAAGGAGAGAAGAGCUGUCAUCAUCCUUCGAAAAACAAGACUAGAUGCACCUCGAUUGGAAACAAAAUCGCUGAGUAGCUCUGUGUUGCCACCAGGUUAUAACUCUGACCGUCUAUCGGGAAGCAACCGGGACCAGAUCCUGAAACCAAAGCGGUCCCAUCGCAAAGCAGAUCCUGAUGCUGCUCACAGGCCACGGAUUCUAGAAAUGGAUAAAGAGGAGAACAGGCGCUCAGUCCUCUUACCAAAACAUAGGAGACGGAGCAACUUCAGCUCCGAGAACUAUUGGCGAAGGUCUUACGAGUACACGGAGGACUGUGAUGAGGAAGAGGAGGACGGCAGCCCAGCCAGGAAAGUUAAAAUGAGGCGACACUGAGGAUUGCACUUUCCAGGCUCGUGGAGCUGAUGAGAUUGGCCUCCAGUCUGUGAAAACUUUCUCCUCCCUCUGGCUAUCUUCCAUCUAGCUUCAGUUUUGGUUUUUCCUUUCAGGCUGAAGAGUAAACAGGAAGGAUCUAGCAAUUUGUUUUUAUGAAUGGAGGAAUGCUGAGACAUACGUAAGGAUGGAACAUGUCCAGUGCACAUGGUGUCCUGAGUCAUGGGUCAAACGGGCAUCUCUCCCUUAGGAAGCAGAUAAAGUUAUGCCAGGCUGUCUGUUGGGAAUUCUUUUGAAAACACCAAAAAGUUUAACUGUUUCAUUGCGCAAGAUUCAAGAAUCGUAUUUUUGUUUUUUGCUUUAACUUUCUUCCUUUCCAAAUGUUCUAAAUAUGAUGUUUGACCCCAGGAGCUGAAACUCUCUGUGGCGGCUUCGUAUUCCUUGCUUCACCAAAGGGCACCUUGGUCUGCUCUUACCUAGUUGUUGUUGGGUUUGUUUUAAGGGUGCCCUGCAGUAACUGGAAGUUUGAAGCUUUGCAGACCCCUCUUACUGCGAUUUAUUUCAAAAGGUUUAGGAUGUUUUUGUUGCACUUUAGUACCAGUUUUAAAUGCCAUAGGUUUCCUUUCCAGUCCAUUUUCCCAAGCCAGCGUGGGCGCGCAGCCUUGUGUGCCUGUGCCGCCCUCUCUGAGAAGAAUGUACUUGAGCUCUGGUUUCUCAGUGCUGGUCUGACCAGGGGUAUGUUUUGGUUGAGGAGGAAGGAAACGUGGCUGGCUUCACCGAGGCUGGCCCAGCAUUGACCCGAGGUCCAUAUUGGAGCCCCGGGGCUGCUGAGUGAGCGAUCGCGUUGAGUACAUGCUGCUUCCCAGAACUGGAGGUAGCAAAGAGGAGUAGGAGAGACGCUGUGCUUGUGAGGACGUUUACCUUGGGACCCCCUGAGAAGAGCUGUCCUCCACUGCCUGGGGGACUGGCUUUCAGCCCCCUGCCCCUUUUAGGUGGAGAGAGUUGAGGCGGCACAGCAUCCCAUCCCGAGGGACCAGCUGCGCUCUGUCAGAGCAGGAACGGGCGCUGCCGCGGCCUCGGGGGAGCCGCGCAGCUCGGCUGCGGUCCGUCCCCUCCGAGGCUGGCUCUGGGAGCGAGGACGCUGCAAGGGUCCGGUUUGGCCCCAGUGCAGUGCAUUCAGCAGCUAGUGCUGCAGCGGUUGCCCGCCUCCUCCUGGCUUAUUCAUGCCCUGUAUUCCUGGGGUAGGGAGUUUUCUGGUUGCUACAGAAAAUGCUAAGAAGAAUUGGGCAUUUGGCCCCGCGGAGUUAGUGUUAGAAAGUCUGCCACCUUCCUCCUCUUCUCCCACCCGGUUUGCGUUAGCCCAGACCGAAGCCUCGGCCUUUUCAAAGUUUGGGGCCCAACACCAUAUUUAGAACUGUACUUUUAAGAAACUUCCUCCAAUUGAUUCUUUGAACCCAAGUGUUGGCAGUUGUAAGGAUUAGUCUUAUUUUUAAAUUUUUACCGCUUUGCCCUCCCUCAAAUUGUAGUUUUUCUUAGUGUUGUGUCCCCCACACACUUCAUGGUCUGCACGCUUGGCAAUAAAAAGAUGUAAUAUAUUUUGAAACCCGUUUGCUGCUGUCUUGAGGGGCUCCCAGUCAAAAAAAAAAAAACAAAACAAAAACCCCCACAAAAUCCAAAACCCAGGCGUUGUUCCCCAAAGCGCCGUUCCUUGGUGAUCGAGCACGUUUGCUGACAUUUAGGUCUCGAUGUCCUUUUCCUUCCCCGCUGACUUCCGCAGCUCCUGCCGCUCGCCCGUUGUUGGGGUCCGCUCAGGCUGGAUCUAGCGGUCACAUUAGUGCAAAGGAAAUUACCAUCACUUUCAGCACCGCUGAUCUGCGAGAGGAUCGUAGGUGAGGUCCCCGGUGCCUGUCUCUGAUUCUCUUUAUCCGAUCGCUUUCCUGGCGAGAGCCCCCGUCGGCUCGGUGCGGAGGUACGGGCACAGCCUCGCGGCCAGCCUUCGAAGGAACCUGUCUUGUCUGCCCAGAGAUCUGAAAGUUCAUGCUUCUGCUGCUUCUGAAACCUUUAAAAAGCCUUUUUCAGACCACGCUUAGUGUUUGUAGCGGUGUUCCUCGCCCUCCCAACUUUCUGCAGAGAAUCCGGGCCAGCUCUUGGCUACAAACCCCCUGUUUUGGAAAGCUUGGUGUUUCCCCUAUAGCAAAACCGCAUGUGGGGAGCAGCGUCCCUUCUCUUCCUUAUGGCUGGUGCAAACAUCUCCGGCAAGCUGGAGACCUGCUAGCGGGAUGCCUAGCAAUGGCUCUUUCUAAUUGUCUUUCUGGAUUCAUCCUGGACGUGCCCCGUGCCCUCCUCGGUGUCAGGCUCUGCUGCGGGUGCUGCUAACGGUGGCAGUGGUCACUGCCAGAGGUCUUGGCUCUGCGCAGCCUGCUCUCCCCCUCUCCCCCCCCACCAGCUCCCAAUUUUACACCUACCUCUGCAAUACGGAUGCUGUACCCUGGUGUCUCAACUCAAAAUGAAACCGGAGGCAACCUGCCUUCGCGGGGCCGCUUCCCAGAGCAGGACUCCCAUGGGACGAGGCGUUGGCUCUAUCUCCACGGAAGGCUGAACAAGGCACCCUGAGGUCUUACCUCUACCAACCAUCACUUCAUCCCGGUCCUUGUGCAGUCUGUACGCAUGCAAGUAUCCUUCCUCUCCCAGU